CUCAUAAUGCCACUCGGUGUGCCGAAGGGUAUACAAAAGAAAUUACUGUCCAUUAAUUUGCUCAAACCCGAUUUGGAGGCUAAAAACGAAAUUGAUUUGUUCAUAGUGGCCAUCGAAAUGAAUCCAGCUAUAGUUAGUUUAAAAGGCUACGUUACUGUAAAUCGUGAACUUCUCUCUGGAUCGAUUGGUGUGAACUAUUAAUUGCUUUAUUUUAAAUA